UAUAAAUAGAGUACAGUAAACAGUAGCUAGAUCACUAUACAAAAAAUAAAGUAAAAGGUAAACUGCCUUGAAAUUGCCUGUUAAGUAUAGACUUGAUUACCCUUUCAGAUGAUAAAUACAAAAUCAUUAACAGAGUGUGCCUUACAGUUACAUAAAUCAAUAAAAUUUGGAAAAAGCUGUGUCAGAAAUCUUUCAGUGUCUCAAACAAAAAUGUCUGAUAUUGAAAAAAAAUUUGUGUUGCCCAAACGAUUCGAAGGAAGCGAGAAAAGUGUUUGGAAUGAGUAUAUUCAGUUGUCCCUUGAAUAUAAACCAUUAAAUUUAGGACAGGGAUUUCCAGAUUUUCCUCCUCCCAAAUAUGUAACAGAUGCCUUGAGCCAAGUUGCAACUGGAGAUAACUGUAUGGUUCAUCAAUACACCAGAGGAUUUGGUCAUCCUAGACUUAUUGCUGCUCUGGCAAAACUGUACUCUAAACUAAUCGGUAGGGAUAUCGACCCCCAAACAGAAAUAUUAACCACUUUAGGGGCAUAUGAGGCACUGUUUUCUACCAUUUCAGGGCAUGUUGAUUAUGGGGAUGAAGUUAUAAUAAUUGAACCCUUCUUUGACUGCUAUGAACCAAUGGUGAAAUAUGCAGGUGGUGUCCCUAGAUUUAUUCCACUAAGAUUGAAAGAAGAAGUAUCUGGAAGAUCUAUUUCUUCAGCUGACUAUAUAUUGGACAAAGAUGACCUUGAACGUACAUUUAAUUGCAAAACUAAAGCAAUUAUCUUAAAUACGCCAAAUAAUCCACUUGGUAAGGUAUUCACUGAAGAAGAAUUGUCUCAUAUAGCUGACCUGUGCAAGAAGUGGAAUGUGCUGUGUAUAUCUGAUGAAGUGUAUGAAUGGAUAGUUUACAAGCCCCACAAACAUAUCAGAAUUGCAACGUUACCGGGCAUGUGGGAAAGAACAAUUACAAUUGGAUCAGCUGGUAAAACUUUCAGCGUGACUGGGUGGAAAUUAGGGUGGGCCUAUGGUCCAGCAAACCUUUUAGUUAAUUUGCAAAUAAUCCAUCAAAACUCUGUUUAUACUGGAGUUACUCCUAUUCAGGAGGCCACAGCUAUUGCUUUUGAAAAAGAACUUACACGUCUAAAUGAUGAUGAGUGUUAUUUUAAUUCUAUAUCCGUGGAGUUAGAGCCAAAGAAGAAUUAUAUAGCCAAUUUUCUGCAGGAGGCAGGAAUGAAGCCGGUGAUACCAGAAGGGGGUUACUUCAUGAUAGCCGAUUGGUCUCCUCUCGAAUCCAAGGUUGAUUUGAAUUCUGAGAAGGACAAAUACCGCGAUUACCGUUUUACAAAAUGGAUGACAAAAAAUGUGGGACUUCAGGCUAUACCUUCUACUGCAUUUUAUAGUGUCCCACAUAAACCACUGGCGGAAAAUUAUGUAAGAUACUGUUUUAUUAAGAAAGAUGAAAAUUUGAAGCAAGCCGCAGAAUUAUUAAGGAAAUGGAAAAAUGGCCAAAAAUAAUUUGUUAUAUUAUAGCCUUCUUAUGUGUGUAAUAUAAAACAAUUUUAUUUAUCUA